AUGAUGUCGGGGAAGCGACGCGCGGAUAAUGAUCUUAAUCAUGAGAAUUGGGACAAAGAAGAUCCCGCUGAAGACUCGGGGGUUUGUGUCACCCUAACGGAAGAACAACUGAGAGAACGUGGACGCAAGAUUUUGAAAGCUCGUCGAAAACUCCCUGCUAGUUCAGCGUCUACGGAGCAGAAAGAUGGUGGAGAGAAGCCAAAUUUGUUCGCGAGUUUCUCAGGAUUUGGGAAACCGUCCACUGCUCCAGCAUCGUCGCCAUUUGGAAGUUUUGCCGCUGAAAAGGAUAAAGCGGAGAAAUAUUCAAAAAUUGUUGUCCCGACAUCCAAAGUAACCCUCAACGGAACCGGGGUCGAGAAGAAUUCCUACGUUGAAGCGAUAAAGAAGCUGAAUGAGGAUUUUGUAUGGAAAAUUAUGGAUACUGUUGGAAUUUCUAGUGGUGUGAAAGAAAUUUUGACGAGGAAGCAAAUUCACGACCUCCUUAGCAAAGACGGGCAAUGCAAGAUCCUGACGCCUUGCUUUGCUUCGUAUAAUAAGCACUUGGAGGAAAUUGAACUGAAGCAUAAAUCCUUCGCAAUAGUAUUCAAAGAUAAAAUAUCAGGUAGUGGAAAUGGUAUUGGAGUUCUUGGAGAUGAACCCAACGAACAACUGAAAGCAUCUAUAAAAGGAGGGGUUGUGGAUAAUCCAUCUCGCGAUAUCGAACCUGUUCGACAGACUGAGUCUGUAUCACAGAUGGCAAAAAUUUCCACGCUUGGACCAGCCGUUAGCAAUGCGAUUGCGGAAGCGAAAAUUUCAGAUUCUGCGUCGUUCGGAACCGUUGCGCAGAAAUCUGUCACGCCAAAUAUAAGUGCAGCAUUUUCCAUGCUACCGUCGUCGUACGUUCACUCUGGCACCGUUUCCACAUCGACGUCGUCGUUCAGCUUUGCGAAGGCGUCCGGGCCGACUACGUCUCAGUCGUCUGACACCUCGCAGAAACCGCUAUUUUCAUUCUUGAAUCCAUCGGCUAAUGCCGAGAAAGGUAGUGGUUUUAGUUCAGGAGGCAGCAAAGAAGUAGCUGUGACGACGACCAGUUUCUCUUUUGGAAAGUCGCCGGCGGAAAAAGAACCGACUUCCUUUUGGAAAACGACGGAAAGUUCCGGUGCCGAGUCAGGAAAAGGGUUCGCUUUUGGCAAACCGAGUUUUGCUUUUGGGAAGUCCGAGGAAAAAAGUCCGGAUGUUGAGAAGACUGUUGAGAAAACAACCGCGUCUGAUGCAACGAAAUCAACCUUUUCAUUUGGCUUGGGCGCCUCGCCAUUUUCCUUUGGCAGCAAUGCUUCUGGCGGCGAAGGGCUGAAGAUGGGCUUUCCUUCGACUGGCUUUUCCUUUGGUUCAAGUGCGACGAGUAGUACGUCAGCCUCCACUUUUAGCAGCGGGAACCCACCGCUUUUUAAUUUUGGAUCCACGUUGAAAACGAAUUUUGCUGCCACUGCUCCGCCUGCUGCUGGCGCGGAAGGAGGUACCGGAAACAAUGAAGAGGAAGAGUAUACACCACCUGUUGCUGAAGCGAAAGACGUAGAAGAAGAGGGCUCUUUCUUCAAGACGAAGACGAAAUUUUUCUACAAGGUUGAUGGAGAAUUCAAGCCGAAGGGGGUGGGAACCUUGUUCCUAAAGAAACUCGAGUCUGGCCAGGUGCAAGUUCUCGUGCGAACGGAAGUCGUUGGCAAUACUAUCGUAUUUAACGUCAUUCUGACUAAAGGUCAACGCGUGCAGCGACUCCAGAAGAACAACGUGUUGUUUAUUUGCGUCGCGAAUCCGCCUCAUGACCCGAAAGUACCGACGGAAUCGUUCACCCCUGUGCUGUUCAGAACCGGCAGCCCUGCUUCAGCAGACGAGCUGUUUAAGGAAUUUGAGAAAGCGAUUGAAGAAGUCUCCAAAUAACUCAUCCCUCGUUUCGGAAGGCGUGAAUUGAUUGAUUUGAUUUUUUUUUAUAUCGUUGCGCGUUUGUGCGGUUUUGGCUUCUGGUUAUUUUUCCGAAUGACAAUAAUUUUUUUUUUUUCGUGUUUCUGUUCGGCUUGCCGGACGAGUUCACCGUUUCGCGAUUACUGUACUGUAAUUUCAGAUAUCUGUGGCUGAUUCCUUCUGUAUGCUUUUGGACGCUUGCGUUGAAGUCAAUUGAGAUUUUGAAAUAAACGCGUGAUUCCGAUGUACAGAAUCAUUGAAGCUUGGAAUGCAGCGUAUUCCGGAUGGUAUCCGUUUCCUGAUUACAUGGGAAUCAUAUUAAGGAAAAAUGUAGCGUGGACUGGAGUCGGUGUGCUCUAUCUCUUUGACGAGACUUUUUGCUGGCACGUUUUUAUUUUUGUUCAGCAAGUUGUUGGUAAUUUCGAUGUUCUGAAUUGUUUGAUCAACAGAAAUCUAUUCGAUUCAAGAUUCUUAAAUUUGUUUGUACUGUAACUGGUGAUUUCUCUCAAGGUGUAUAUGAAGUAAAUAAAUGUGCUGCAGUGCAUAUUUCGAUUUCCAAAUCUGUUCGAAAUGACCCUUACAGGAAUUUUUAAAGGCUGAUAAAAUGUAUAACGACGAUCCUGAACAAAACUUCGCUGAGAAACGCGAUUAUGUCCCGAGUAUCCAAACAUUUAAUUCGGAUACAGUUCUAGUUGAAGUUAUUCCUUGUUUUUGGUUUGUGACGAUCUUACACUCCUAUUGUACUU